GGACGUGCUUAAGCGAGGGGUGGCUGAACUCGAACGUCUUACAUCCAGAUAAGGUCUCAAGAUGCGAUUUGUUGAGCCAACACAGUCAGCCUGACACUGCCCCAACCCAAUAAAGCCACCCAUCUAUGUACUCAAAGUCCACUGCGUAUGAUCGACAUGGUGUCGAAGGAACAUUGGUUUUUGGAAAUCGGAACAUCGAGCCCUCGAGUCACUCGAACCUCGCAAAGGAUGAUGUCGUGGUUGUUCCAGGGUCAGAAGAGCGCUGACAGCUUUUCCACCAUCGAAGACUUUGGCGACCUGGACGGACAAAAAAAGUGUCGUGGCUGCAAAGAAAUCCGCGCUCUUUUGGGUUUCUACAGGCGCCAUAAUACUCUACCGCCUAAGACUGUUGUCUUUCACGAGAACUAUAUCUCUCUCGACAGAUGUGCCCAGUUUUGCGUCACCUGCCGCAUCUUUCGUCAGGCGCUGCUCCUCGAGGGCGUGACUGCCGACCAUGUGGCUGUGUUGGAGGAAUCCCCAGGGAAUGUUUGCGCCAAUCUGGUAACCGAGGAUGAUCACCUUGCCGUGAGGAUACAUAUCAACGAAAAUGGAGACGUCAGAAUCCCGGCAGCGAUGGUCUGCUGCGCACCGAGUAAGGACCCGAAGCCUCCUGCGAGGCUAGUGGAGGAUUCAGCGGACGAUGCCAUCUUUGAACAGAUCAAGAGAUGGCUCCGUAAGUGCGAGAAGUGUCAUAUUGACUGUGGCAACCUUGCGUACUCGGAUCGCGUGCCGACGAGGCUUCUUCAUAUCAUCUCUGACUCAGAAGCACAACUGGCCGGUAGUGAUUGCCUCAUUGUGGACGGCAAAGCCCCUCGCUAUGCGGCACUGAGCUAUUGCUGGGGCACAGGCACUUUCAGUGCGGAUGAAAAUGAGAUGAUCGAACAAGGACAGACGCUGAGGGCUAAUCUGGAGAGUCGAUUUCAGCCGUUCGACAUUGAAAGUCUUCCCGGCACGAUACGCGAUGCUAUCAAGAUCACCCGGCGGUUAAGCGACCCAGAGAACGGGCUGGAGCUGCGCUUCCUCUGGAUUGACUCGCUCUGCAUCAUCCAAGAUGAUGUUCAAGACAAGGAGGUCGAGAUCCAGCGCAUGCAGGAGGUCUAUGGCAACGCAGCCGUCACAAUAUGUGCAACGGCAACGGCCAAAGCCACGCAGUCAUUGCUAACGCCGCGUCUCGCAUGGUCAAAACUAGUCAAGCCAUGUCGUAUUGGCACCUCCUGGAUGACUGUAAGCCCGACGCUACCUGCCGGCCUUCGUGCAAGAGCUCCGCUAUCACUCCGGGCAUGGACACUCCAAGAGGAGCAUCUGUCACCCCGGCUGCUUUUCUGGGGUGGACAACGAUUCAGUUGGGCAUGUGGGCGCGGCGAGUACGUCGAGGACACAUCUUCUUCCACUCUUUCUCGACCAUCUGUCACUCCCUUCCGCAAGUUUCUCGCCGAGUGUCGCACUGCUGAACCCAAGGAGCUUUGGCUUGCGUGGAACUCCAUAGUGGAGUCAUACACAGCUCGGAGCCUGAGCAACCCGGCAGAUAGGUUCAACGCGCUGGCGGGUUUGGCGACGCGAUACCUAGCUGCUGUUUCAGGAUACAAUCAGUACAUGGCAGGCUUAUGGCGCGCGACGUUUGCGCAGGAUCUCUUGUGGAGAGUUUCUCGACCAUCUAAGCCAGACAAAGAAUGGCCCGGUACCGUCGACGCACCGAGCUGGUCUUGGGCGAGUCUGCCUAUCAGUCUGGGUGUUUGCAUGUGGAAUGAAUUCGAGAUGCCAAUCGAGAUAGAGCUGCUCGGCGAUGGGAUGAGUGCGAAUAUUGAGCCGUCAGAGGCGGUAGCCCAAGGGGCAGGUCUGAGUCACGUCCGGGUAAGAGGCCUUCUGCGAACGCUCUGGAGCCCCAAAUCACAGCUUCGGGAGUGGAGCGACGUUUACGUCCAGGUAGAUGGCGUUAACAAGUUUCGUUUUGGAUCCAACCCGGGCCAAGAUGUACACGCAGUCGACAGCCUCACAGGUAACUUGGUUGCAUACGAGGCACGGAAACAGGAGAUCGUCGCCGAGCUGGACUCCUGUAAGCUUGCGGAGCACAUCACUGAGGGAAUGUUAUUGGAGAUAUACUGUCUUGCCAUCUCUGAGCAUGGCAUGCUUCUCCUGCGCCGUAAGAAUGUCAUGGGUGCGUUCCAGAGAGUUGGCAUUGGUUUUGGGUAUCGACGGGAUUUCUUUAAAGGUUUGGGGAGGACAGAGGUUGUGAUCGCAUAGGGUAAACAAGUAUAGUAGCGAGAGAUGGGGUUUCCACCCCCAGUGAUGUACUUUGGAUGUUGCUUUUCCAUGACGAACUUGCGUCACUGAUUAAUAAGACGCUACCACAAUGACUUUGUUAAGGUCCCUGGCAUCACGACGGACAUCUGCCCAAUAACCUGGCAUCGUGUUCCCGUCAUUGAUCUUCUAUUAUAGACUGGAAAGUGGGUGAGAUAAUAGUUUGUCGCCCAAUGCCUGACCUCUGGUUCCUAUAUUCCUACCGUUAAUAUUACAACUAUUACUACUACUACUACUACUACUACUACUACUACUACUACUACUACUACUACUACUA